GACUCCGAAUAUUAGCUCAGAUAAAUCGCGAGCUAAUAAUCGUCGGCAUCUGUGGAGAAGAAGUACGUUUGGCGGAGGCGCAAAUUUUCUUUUUUGAACUGGAAGUGGUGGUGGUACUCUAGUAGCAAUGACAACGGAAACGGCAAAGAAGAAGGGAACUCCACUGAUUCUUAAAACAGAUAAGACACAAAAACUUGCUGAGAAGUGGGUUGCCAAUAUGACGAGGUCCGCAGAUGAUGAUCCUAUCGAGACUGCACAAGAAGAACGACCACACAGGCUUGGACUUGGUGCUAAAGUGUCACGACAAACAAAGCGUAGACCCUCAGACGACCCUCUCGAUCAGAAACUAGAAGCCAAGUUUGCUGCAGGGAAAAGAAAUAAUGCAAGAUCGGUUGCAGAAUCCGCUGGUUCUAGUAAGAACGCCAGUGAUGACAGUGAGGAUGAUGAUGAAUCAGAAAGCAAAAGUCAAGCAUUCGGCAAGAAAAAGAAAAAUACAAGUACGCCUCAUUAGAUUCUGUGAUGUACUAUAGUUUAAGUCAUGUUGGAAGUUGAUUCAUUACUUAAUCCUACAUAAGAGAAAAGACAAAGAGAAGUGUGAGAAGAUGAAGAUGAUGAAGAAAGGAGAAUAAGCAUAAAGUGAAGAGAAGAAGAAGUGUUUUGUCGUAGGAGGAGGAAGAUGAGGAAAGAAGAAAGUGGCCAUUGGGCCAUAAAGUAAUUAGGGCCCAUAUGUGUUAAUGGGUUUUGUUUAUUAAGAAGAGUAUUAGGUUAAAGUUGAAACAACUAAGAGUAGUAUAAAUAGAUUAUGUGGUUGUAAGAGACAAUCAUCCAAAAGAUUAACAAUGUAGUCUUUGGGGAAAAACGGUUCUUGUUAUC